UCGCACCUCCGGAUUUGUUCUGUCGCACCUCCACACGGGCGCGUGUGUGUGUGUGUGUGUGUGUGUGAGAAAGAGAGAGAGAGAGAGAGAGAGAGAGAGAGAGAGAGAGAGAGAGAGAGUGAAUGUGAGAGUGUGUGUGAAUGUGAGUGUGUAUGCGCGCGUGCGUGAGUGAGUGAGUAAGUGAGUGCGUGCGUGCGGUGCGUGUUUUUCUUUCUUUCUUUCUUUCCUUUUUUUUUCCUGUUGUUGUUGCUGCUGCUGUUAAUUUCCGUUCCGUGUUUGGAUCAUGAAUAAACUGUACGUGGGGAACCUGAGUCCCUCGGUCACAGUGGACGACCUGAAGCGGCUGUUCUGCGAGCGCGAGCUGCCCGUCAGCGACCGAACCGUCUUACUGAAGUCCGGUUACGCGUUCGUGGAUUUUCCUGACCAAAAGUGGGCCAUAAAAGCGAUCGAAACACUAUCAGGGAAAGCGGAGUUACACGGAAAGGUGAUCGAGGUUGAUUAUUCCGUCCCCAAGAAAUUAAGGAGUCGUAAGAUUCAGAUCCGGAACAUUCCCCCUGACCUGCAGUGGGAGGUUUUGGACAGUCUGUUAUCACAGUACGGCUCAGUAGAAAACGUGGAGCAAGUGAAUGCUGACUCAGAGGCAGCUGUGGUGAAUGUCACAUAUGCAUCAAAAGAGGAAGCUAAAGAGGCCAUAGAGAAGCUGACGGGCCACAGUCUGGAUAAUCACUCGUUCAGCGUGUCCUACAUUCUGGACGUGGAGGGCAGUGGAAACGAGAGUGACGCGGGGGCCCCGGCCCAGCAUGGAGCGUCCCGAGGAGGCAGAGGCACGCGGGAGUCUGACUCCGCCCACUCCGGGGCCAUGGGGGGCCUUCAGGGAGCUCACCACUCACAGCACGAGCUCCCGCUGAGGCUGCUCGUCCCUACACAGUUUGUCGGCGCUAUCAUCGGCAAAGAAGGUCUGACCAUCAAGAACAUCACCAAGCAGAGCCAGUCCAAAGUGGACAUCCACCGUAAGGAGAACGCAGGGGCUGCAGAGAAACCCAUCACCAUCCACUCUUCCCCAGAGGGCUGCUCACACGCCUGCAGGAUGAUCCUGGAGGUCAUGGAGAAAGAAGCCACGGACACCAAGACUGCUGAGGAGGUCCCUCUGAAGAUUUUGGCCCAUAACAGUCUUGUAGGACGGCUUAUUGGUAAAGAAGGCAGGAAUCUGAAAAAGAUUGAGCAGGACACUGGGACCAAGAUCACCAUUUCACCCUUGCAGGAUCUGACCAUCUACAACCCAGAGCGUACCAUCACGGUGAGGGGAGGAGUGGAGGAGUGCUGUAAUGCAGAAGUGGAAAUCAUGAAGAAGCUGAGAGAGGCGUAUGAGAACGACAUGGCCUCCCUAAACCUGCAGACGGCACUGAUCCCCGGCUUAAACCUGAAUGCUUUGGGGAUUUUCUCUCCUACUCUUCCUGUUAUGUCUUCAGCCACAGGAGCACGUGGAGUCACAUCACUUCCUACCACCUACAGCCCCUUAAUGGGUCAGGCAUCAGCGCUGGCUGGUUUGUACGGAUCUUCCCCCUCGUUACCCCUCCAGCAAACAUCUCCGGAGCAGGAAGUGGUGUAUCUUUUCAUUCCCACUCAAGCAGUUGGAGCUCUAAUAGGGAAGAAAGGACAGCACAUAAAGGAGCUGGCACGGUUUGCUGGAGCUUCUAUCAAAAUCGCUCCAUCAGACAGUCCCGAUGCCUCGGAGAGAAUGGUCAUCAUCACCGGCCCUCCUGAAGCCCAGUUUAAGGCUCAAGGUCGGAUAUUCAGAAAGCUGAAAGAGGAAAACUUUUUCACUGCGAAGGAGGAAGUGAAGCUGGAGGCGCACAUCAAAGUCCCCGCAGCCGCCGCCGGUCGAGUCAUAGGCAAGGGCGGGAAAACGGUGAACGAACUGCAGAAUCUCACCAGCGCUGAGGUCAUCGUUCCACGAGACCAAACGCCUGACGAGAACGACGAGGUGUUUGUGAAAAUCAUCGGCCAUUUUUUUGCUAGUCAGUCUGCACAGCGGAAGAUCAGGGAAAUCAUCCAACAAGUCAAACAGCAGCAGCAGAAAAACCAACAGGGGGCAGCGACACCAUCGCAGCACACCAAGUGACCAGCAGGGGGCAGCCAGCAAACAGCAGCAGCAGCCUGUGAAUGUAGCUCCUCCGAGCGCAAACCAAAUCGAACACAAAGGCGCAAGAGAACGAAAAAAAAACAAGCGGGAAGGAAACACACAGAAGGACAUGCAACAAGAUCGAAACCAAAGAACCUUAUAAGACCUGAACGAGCCUCAUUCCGAGAGCUAAAACUACUCUGUGAGCGCUCCAGAUGUUUCAUAAUUCUGAACGUGAGGAGUUGCUGUGGAAUGGUACGCUGGUUUGGAUCUGUCCUCUAAGAAGCACACGUUAAAAUCCGGCUGCCUGUGAGAUGAUCGUACCAGCAAACAUUGUGCUUCUCUCCCACACAGGAGUGGAAGCUGCAGCCAUCAGCACAUUCAGGCUGAGUGCAGCACACUGUGGAAAUGUAGCCUGACUAGCAUGUAACAACACAGACUGUUGAACGAGUGACAAAUAACUACCUGAAGGAGCGCGGAGUAAAGACGCGUAGAUGUGUAACAGUGUCUGUCGAUUCCAAGACCGUAAUGUGUGUUCUAUAAAGUCGCCUGUAGCCUUCGAAAGUUUUACUUAAAGAAAAAAAAAACAAACAAAAAAAAAACACCCGGACACUUAUGGCAGAAUUCCCAACUCAUUUAGCAUAUGGAUACAUAAGUAGUUAGCAUGUCCCAAUCACACUCUGAAAUUUCCUUAGCGUAGAUGCUAAUUUUGCACUUUUUUAGUGUUUGUUAAUCAGGCCUUUAAUGUGAAUAAACAGUCAGGCUUUAAUUUAGACCUUUUAAAGUUUAGCACAAGAUUCUCACUUUCAGUUGAAUAGCGUCUGAUCAUUUGCCCCGUGCUAACCCGCUUCUCCCGUCUUGCUUUUCUUUUUAUCCCUGUGUUUCUUUGCCAGUUUUUUCAAGCUCACCUGACCAAGAUUGAAGUCUAUUGAGCUCUCCUGAGGGAGGAAAAAACAAAAAAAAAAACAAAAGAGUUUAAUACGAUUAUGAUUGUAAAAAAUGUCCAGUCAGCCUUUUUAUUGCGAAUGUUGUUACAGCUUCACUCACCCUGAAUACAUGCUCUGUACUAGAUUCAACUAAAGCACUUCAAAUAUUUUAGCGUGCAAAAAAAAAGUGAACAGCAAAAGUCUGGAAAAGUGCAAGUGCAAUAAUUAGAGGCUGCCUACAAGCUGCAUUCGGGACAAUUAAUCACGUCCUGUACAGGUGGCCUGAUAACCAGUGAAUGUAUACAGUUUCUACCUGCCUUCUGCAGCACACUACGUCCUGUCUGUCUGUCUGUCUGUCUGUCUGCCUGCAUGUCUGUCUGCCUGUCUGUCUCUCUGUCUGCCUGCAUGUCUGUCUGUCUGCCAGUCUGUCUGUCUCUCUGUCAGUCUGUCUCUUUGUCUGUCUCUCUGUUUUGCCUGCCUUUCUGUCUGCCUGUCUGUCUCUCUCUGCCUGCCUUUCUGUCUCGCUGCCUGUCUGUCUGCAUGUCUUUCUUUCUUUCUUUCUUUCUUUCUUUGUCUUUGAAUUUUUUUGUAUUCUUUCUUUUCUUUAUUCUUUUCUUUUUUUAAUGUCUUAUUUGUUUUGUAUCGUCUUCAUCUGUUCUAAUUUCUAUAUUUUUAUUUUUUAUUAUUACCACUUAACCUCCCUUUUAUUUCCCCCCCUUUCUUUCUUAUGUCUUUUUCAUUUUUCUGUUUCAUUUUACGCCACGUUUGUCAUCUUCCUUCCUUUUAAUCCUUAUUUAGUUUUUUUUUUUCCUUUCUUGUGCACGUUUGUUUAUGCAUUUCUUUAUUUUUUUUUUAAAUUUUUUUUAAGUCUUUCUUCUUUCUAUCUCCUCUUGUCUCCUCUUUGUGUCCUGCGUUUGAGGCACGUCGAACGUCUUUUGACCUUUUUUUUUUACGUUUCCUGGCUUGUAAGAAACUUGUUCUUGUGUGUCCUGAACCGAAAAAAAGAAGAGUGUCUGAGGGUUUUUUUUUGGUUUAAACUUAAAUCUUACAAUCGUACAAGGUGACUGUGGGACGUUUAUGGCUUAUCUUUUUGUUUUGUUUUUUUUGGUGAGAAAUGCUGCCCUUUAAAAUUUCCUAAUGAUGAGUUUUAGAAGCCAUUAAAGAUGCUGACUUUUAUAAAAAAAAAAAAACAAACAAAAAAAACAAUUCAUCACCUUGUUAUCUGAACUUUCGCAGUGAUAAAGCGAUGGUGGAGUCUGAGCGGUUAGUGUGAUAUAUCACUACACUGACGAGGUGCUGUUUAUCGUGUUAAACAUGAAGCUUAGCGGUUAUUUAUGGAUAGGUAAAAUAAACACACACACACACAUAUAUAUAUAUAUAUAUAUAUAUAUAUAUAUAUAUAUAUAUAUAUAUAUAUAUAUAUAUAUAUAUAUAAAGAUCAUGCAGCGCUAAUACAAUUGUGUGCACAGGUCAGAAAUCUAACCUUCAUGUAAACCAGUACGAGAAAUAACCUUCUACCUCAAGAACAAGGUACCUCAGUCCAAUCUCUUUCUACAUAUUUUGUAUAAACCUUGUAAAUUUAGCUCAUGAGUGAUUUUUUUUUUUCUUAAAUUUUCUAAAAAAUAAGAGCGAUUAAAAUUUUUUUUUUUUUUUUACAAGAGAAUUAGUAAAGAUGGUGUAAAGCCACCACCGUGCUUUUUCUUGGAAAAGUGGCACGUGCCUCGUACCAGAAGCUGUACAUUGCUGUACUUUAUUGGACCUUAAGAGUUCCUUGUUGAGGUUGAUAUAACUAACGCUAGCACAACUGACUACCUGGAUAGAUGAGAUUAACACCGCUCUUGUAUUAGGUUGGUUUUUCCCCCCCAAAGUAUUUUGUUUAACAUAAGAUUUUAAUGAAAAAGAAAAAAGUCAUGCCAGAUAUGCGACAUGUUGUAAGUGUCAGUAGUAAGAAACGAUUUGUAGCUGAAAAAAAUUCAGACUGCUUGCUAGUUUUUUGUUGUUGUCUUUGUAUUUUUUUUUUUUUUUUUGUUUUUUUUUUUUGCGGUGUAACUCCAUAGCAAAGUCGCGCCACUCUGAAAGGGUGCAGUAUCUCAUUAACACGUUUCUUCUGAAUAGCCGCUAACACCAAUCUGUGUGGUUUUAGGAAAUAUAUUUUUUAGUUCCAAUGCUGUUACAUGCUGUUUGAUUCCCAUCUGUAAAAUGCAGAGUUGAUCACUAUCUAACCUGGUUGUCUGUUUAUUUACAGGUCUGUUGCUUUUUUGUUUUUGUUUGCUAACUGGUUGUGCUUCUGGUGUUAUUUUUCCUUGUUUCUCUGUAUCAGGUUCUGUUACCUGUACUGUGAAUGGUUUGGCAUUUAGACAUGGCAGACCUGUGAAAGCACUGGAUUACAACAGUGCUUAUUAAUACAACAACACACACACACACACACACACACACACACACACACACACACAAGCUUCUGCUAACUUUUUUUUUCCAUUUAGGAUUGAACUUGUUUUGCUUUUUUUAGCUAAACCACACAGACCACCAGCUUGGAUAUGAGCAAUAAAGAGACACUUUAAAACA